AUACUGAUGAAGGAAUGAUAUUGAUGAGGGAUAGUACAAGGAACAACAGAGAAAGUGCCGGCUCCUCCGUGAGAUUGUCGAAAGAGUACUUUACGUUCAUUCACAGGCAAUUGCUAUACAGGUCAUCGUGCAUGGUUCACUGAUGUAAUUAUGUAAAUGAUAUUAAAUCUGUGUUCGUAAUUUUAAGUGAAAGCCCAAUGGCCACGCAGGAGAACAAGGUCCGUAGAAUUGGAAUUAUUGGUUUUGGUGCUAUUGGACAAUAUUUGGUGGAGGCUAUUAAAGAAAGCAAAGACUUGGAGUUGGGUUUUGUAUGGAACAGAACUUGUAAUAUUCUUGUUGGAAAAAUUGAGCAAAAUCUAAUCUUGAAAGAUCUUUCAAAGUUCAAUGAGAGAAAUGUUGAUCUUAUUGUUGAAGUGGCUCAUCCUUGCAUCACGGAAAAGUUUGGUGAAAGGUUCUUGGAUCAUGCGGAUUAUAUGAUUGGAUCACCGACAACUUUAGCAUCUGAUGAGAUUCGCAAAAAAAUAUUUGCAAAAGCAAGGUCUAAUUUGCAAGGUCACGGUCUUUAUGUUCCAAGUGGGGCAUUCUGGGGUGUGGAGGAUGUAAGAAAAAUGGCUAAUAAAGGCAUCCUUGAGGCUUUGUCAAUCACAAUGAAAAUGGCACCUUCAUCUUUGAAACUUCAUGGUAAAUUAAAAGAAAAAAAUGAAAAAGUUGAGAUUGAUCCAGUGAUUCUUUAUUCUGGCCCUGUAAAAGAUCUGUGUCCCUUAGCACCAAAUAAUGUGAACACAAUGGCUGUUGGUGCAAUGGCAGCUCACAAUUUGGGAUUUACUGGUGUACAUGGUUGUUUGAUUGCAGAUCCCAGCUUAGAUUGUCAUGUUGUUGAAAUUGAAGUCAUUGGUCCUGGUAUUGAUCAAACUAAAUUUCAUUUGAAAACAGUUCGGACAAAUCCCGCCAAAACAGGUGCUGUGACAGGAAAAGCAACCUACAAUUCAUUCUUGAGUAGUAUGCUAGUUCUAACAUCAGUGCAACACCCACGUAACAAAGAUGAAACAAGAAACGUGUUGAUAUUCAUGGCAGUUGCCGAAAUCAUGUUAAUGAAUAUGGCAUUAGGAUGAAAUAUCACCAAUAUUAUGAAUUCCUUAGAAUCUAUGGUACUUUUUGUCACGUAUUUUCUCACUGGCACAGUAAUGACAACAUUUACUAAGUUUAGUGGUCUUUAUUUGAAGCAAUUUAAUUUAAACACGUCACAAAUUGGAGCGACCAAUACUUUUGGUAUAUUUCAAUUUCUGGUUCCUGUUAUUGGAUUUAUAGCGGACAGAUUUCGAGCAAGAAAAUAUGUGUUAUUAGUUUUACUGUUUAUUUUAUGUCUUGAUGUGCUUGCUGCACUUGUACCUCUCAGUGUUUCUCUAUCAAGUUGUUCGCAAGAAAACUUGCUAAUUUCAUUGGUCUCAAAUGCAAGCUUGAAUACUUUUCUGAACACAACUAUUCGAAAUGAAAAAACAGAAGGGAAAAGCAUACCUUGGAUAAGUAAUCUCUUUUUCUCGUUUGCUAUUAUUAGGACUAUUUUUACAAUAGCUCAACGCUCAAUUCUUUCAUCUCGAAAUAUUGCUGCAUUUAGCCAUUUAAAAGAAAAACGUGUUGUCAUGAAUGCUUAUAUAGCUUUCUCGAUGUUCGGAGGUGCAAUAGGUGUUUUUACAGUCGGUUGUUUGGCUGCAGACUUCACAGUAAACAUUUGUGAUGAAGAAAUGCAUGGUUAUUAUUUUACAUUCUUGUGGUCAAGUGCAGCAAUUUUGCUGACAUUUUUUUGUGUUCCCUGGCUAAAAUUUGAAUAUGAACAUGAUGAUAUCAUUAAUUGGAAGGAAAUAAAACAGUUUUUGUGAUGUA